AGGAGAUGGUCAGAGACUGCAGACAUACUACAGGAGAUGGUCAGAGACUGACGACAUAGUACAGGAGAUGAUCAGAGACUGCAGACAUAGUACAGGAGAUGGUCAGAGACUGCAGACAUAGUACAGGAGACGGUCAGAGACUGCAGAUAUACUACAGGAGACGGUCAGAGACUGCAGAUGUACUACAAGAGACGGUCAGAGACUGCAGACGUACUACAGGAGACGGUAAGAGACUGCAGACGUAUUACAGGAGACGGUAAGAGACUGCAGACGUACUACAGGAGACGGUAAGAGACUGCAGACGUACUACAGGAGACGGUCAUAGAC